CUCAGCCCCUCCCUGUGUAGGAAUGUACAGAACUGGUUAAUGAGUGUCAGAGACUUUAGUGUCACUUCUCUCUUCUGCUCUCAGCGAUGGCGUCUGCUGAUCUGAGGAAGGAGCUGGAAUGUUCCGUCUGUCUGAACAUUUAUACAGAUCCUGUGACCCUGAAAUGUGGUCACAACUUCUGCCGGGACUGUAUUGGUCGUGUGUGGGAUACACAGGAGGGGUCUGGAGGUUAUUCCUGUCCUGAAUGUAGAGAAGAGUCCCAAAAUCGGCCUGCACUGCACAGGAACAUAACACUACGUAACAUAGUGGAGAAUUUCCUGUCCACCCAUCCAGAUCAGGAGGAGUCCGGGGUCUUCUGUACUUGCUGUAUUCACACUCCUGUACCUGCUGUCAUAUCCUGUCUGCAUUGUGAAGCUUCUCUGUGUGACAAUCACCUGAGAGUCCACAGCAAGUCACCAGAACAUGUCUUAUGUGACCCCCCCACCACUUCCCUGGAGAACAGGAAAUGCUCCGUCCAUAAGAAGAUCCUGGAGUAUUACUGCACUGAGGACUCCUCCUGCAUCUGUGUGUACUGCGGGUUCAUUGGAGAUCAUCGGGGACACCAGGCUGGAGGACCAAAUAUUGGGGCUGUACAGCAAACAUCGGGGGUGUCGGGGGUUACAGACAUAUUACUGGAUGAGAGGACAGCUUGUAAUUAUCUACAUAUAUCAGAUGACAGGAAAACUGUAUCGGUAUCAUCAUCACAUCAGAAUCACCCAGAAACACCAGAGAGAUUUCAGUAUUCUCAGGUGAUGAGCAGUCAGAGAUUUUCUUCUGGGAGACAUUACUGGGAAGUGGAUGUCGGGGGGGCACAGAACUGUAGAGUCGGGAUGUGUUACCCCAGUAUAGACAGGACAGGGGAUCAGUCAGUAAUUGGAUGUAAUAAGAAGUCCUGGAGUUUAGAGGGGUGGGGGCCGGGUAAUGAGUACUCGGUGAGAUAUGACAAGAAUAAGAUCCGAUUACCCGGCAGUGUCUCCAGUAAGAGAGUCAGGAUAGAUCUGGAUUAUGAGGCCGGGCGGAUCUCCUUUUAUGAUCUGUGUGACCCGAUCCGACAUCUCCACACCUUCACCACCACCUUCACUGAGCCCCUCCAUGCUGGGGUAUAUAUAGUGGGAGGUUGUAUAAAGAUAUGUGGAGGUGGAUUAUCUGAUUGGUGAUUGGUGCAACACUCAUCCAAUAGGAGGAAGCAGAGGACAGGAAACAUGACUGAUUUAUUUAUAAAGCUGCAGGUUUCGGGGCCGUCAUCUUCAUCCUAAACCUCACUUCACUACCUAGUGUGUCACUGACCAGGAACAAGCAUGCAGGAGGUCAGAUUGUUCAGCCUUCACUGGCUGCAUGCUUGUUCUGGGUCAGUGACACACUACAUAGUGUAGCCAGGAUCAGGGUGAUGGCCCUGGGGUCUCUACCAUCACUGUGUAUCUAUAGAAAAACUCCAUCUAAAAAUUAAGAGUAA